AUGGAACAGAUUUCACUUGGGCAUCGAUAUAAGGAGUGCAGGCCACAAAGGAUUAGCAGCUCUCCAAGCAAACUACUUGUUGGGAAGGAUGUACUGAAAGAAUUGGAGGAAAGACGGUCAUCCCCCAGUGUCGUCGCAAAACUGAUGGGAAUUGACGUAUUGCCACCUACUUACGUAGCCAAUAAAAGACAUCAACAAUUCAAGGAUGUCUUUGAAGUGUCGGAGGAGCUACCGGAGACUUUCACAAAAGAGAUGUCAUACCAUUUCCCUAAAGGGCUGCCAAGCUUGAAGAGGAGUGCAAUGAAAUUAAAAAAGCUUAUGCCAUCAAAGUCUCCCUACUGUGAUGAAACAUUUGAUAAUGAAGUAGAGUACAACAAUGGCUUGGAUCGCUUGAAUCCACUUGAAAUAGACAAUCCUUUGUUUGAGAAGUGCCCCCGCGAUCUGAAUUAUUCCCCAAAUAAUCAGCAUGAGAAAGAUACCGCAGGCACUUUCAGGAAGUAUCCUGUGGGUUUAGCUAAUUCCUCACUUAAAGAUAUAAAAAAUAUGUCGAGAGGGAAUUACGGAGAUUUCAACAACAUUGUCGUUCUGGAGCCUGGCUUGGGGAACAGUCAUGAUCCAGAGAACUCUUUUUCCAUGUCGUUGCUCUCUCAUGACAAUUGCAAUUCCAGGAGAAAUAGGAAGAAGAAGUUGGGUGAGUCUGUUGUAAUGAGCAAUGAGAGAGUUUCACAACAUCUUUUAGAUACUGUUAAUGUGGCUAGAAUAAAAAGAGAAAGAUACUUGACUAGUGAUGCCAUCAAUUCUCUGUCAAAGGGAGAGGAGCCAUCAUUUGAUCAAUUCAACAUCGUAGAUAUGAAUAGCGCUGGAUCAUUUCAGAUGUAUUCUGGCGAUGACAUUGACUCCAGGCAAAACAAGUCAUCAUCAAGUAGCUUACCUGGGAAAUCCUUUCGGAAGUAUGAUGAAGGUGAUGUCGGAUCGAGAACUCUUGCACAGAUGUUUGCUUUAUCUGAUUCAGAGAGGGUAAAGAAAAAUUUGAACCCGCAUGCUCAGAUUCAACACAAUAAACUUGACCAGGGCAAAGGCCACAACAAGGAAGGAUGCUUUAUAGUUUUACCAAAGCAUGGAUCUCCACUGUCUCUUCACACCUCAUUGGACAGGAGUUCUUCCUGCGAAGGGUCUCCUAACAGUGAAAUUUUCCCAGAUCCUUCAGUUAGCUACAACAAUGGCAAGGUUACCUUUGAUUCUUUUCUGGCCAAACGAAGGCUCAAGCAAAUUGCCAGCGGGAGGCAAAAUAACUUAAGGAAUGCUUCUGUGGUAAAAAGUCUUGCCUUGGAGCAGCGGAGACCUGCUUCUCCUUCUCUUGAUGAUUUCAGGUGUCAUUCAUGGCGUCCAUCUGAUAAUGUUUCAACUUCUGUCUGCACAAAUGAGAGAGUAUUGUUCGCGACAGAUAAGGGCUUAAUCCACGAGCCUGCUGAAACUGUGCCUUCUUCGUUUCAAUUGCAAUUAUCUAGGGAACAGAAGGUUUCAGCAACGCCUUUGCAGUGUCAUGACUAUGAAUCCGUAUCUAUUUCUAAUCAUGAUGAUCUGGCAAAGUCUCGUAAAGGAUUGGAAGAGUUUGAGCAGCCGAGCCCAGUGUCCAUUCUACAGCCCCCAACUGAUGAAGACAGUUGCUGUUCUGGAUUCUUCAAGAAUGACUUGCAAGACAUGCUCAGCAUGGAGACACGAAUAGACCAUCGUCGAUUCCGAGAUGAGCCUGAAGUCUCCACCAUCUCAAGUGAUGAUGGCAAUGAUUCUUCUUACAAAUCUUUGGAAGCAUUUCAGGUUGAGGAGGACAGGGACUUCUCAUAUCUCCUUGAUAUUCUCAUAAGCUCUGGUAUGAUAGUUUCAACUGACUGGCAGCUCUUGUGCAAGUCAUGGCACUCAUCUAGUUUCCCUGUUGCUCCCCAAGUCUUUGAGAGGCUUGAGAGCAAGUACGCCAAAAUGACCUCAUGGCCAAAGCCAGAGAGGAGACUUAUGUUUGAUCUUGCAAAUUCUGUUCUCUCCGAUGUCCUUGCACCUUGCACCAAUAUACACCCAUGGGUGAGUUCUACUAGACAGUGCAGGCCUAUCUGGGGCCCUGAAGGGCCUGUUGAGAAGGUUUGGCAAAUGAUGGUUAGGCAGCAGGAGGAGCUGGCGAUAGCGCAUCCUGAUGACAAGGUUCUGGAUCCAAACUGGCUUGAACUUGGUGAUGACAUAUAUACGGUCGGCAAGCACAUAUCCAUGAUGUUGCAUGAUGACCUCUUGGAGGAAGUCAUAUUGGAAUUCCUCUCACUCUCAGGGUCGGCCGCUGCAUGUAUGUAG